AGCAGAGGGCUGAAGGAUGAGAAGGAACCUGACAUAGUAAGACAAGGGGAAGGAUAAUUCCUGAAAUUGAGGAAACAGCCAGUGUAAUGUCUCAGGGGUGGAAAGUAAGCUUGCCUUGUUCUCACUUCAGAAUGAAGCCCAUGUGACUCAAACUUUGAGGUAGUCAGAGGCCUGCUUAUUUUAUGGUCUCAUGAUGGGAGUAAACAGGAGAGUAACAUUACUUGUGCUGUUCUGUGAGAAUGGAUAAUGUAGGCAUGGGUGAUGGAUGGGGAAGCCAAUGAAGGACCACCUGUAAUAUAGUUCAGGGUAAUGAUGAUGGCAGGCCAGAGUGGUAGCCGUGGAGGGACUAAGAUGUGGCUGGUUGUAAGAUAACAUUUGAGCUAAUGGGACUUAUUGAUGUUUUGGUUAGUAUUUAAGAGCUCAGUAAGCAGUAUGGACUUUGGUAAAAGGUUUUGGGUUCAAAUAUCCACAGUGUCCUCUGUUAACAGUGUGACUUCACCAGGGUUCACUUCCGCCAUUUGUAAGGUAGGCGUGAAAUAAUAGCACCUACCUCACAGGUUAGUUACAAAAUAAAAUGAAUCCGUAAAAACUCUUAGCCUAAUGAGUGUCUAUUAUUAUCACCAUUGCUGUAUUAUUAUUUUCCACAAUGAUUUUAUUAGUUUCAAGAUUAGUCUCCCAGCUAUCAGCCUUGUUAUCUCCAUUCUCCUCAGAUUGCUGUUUCUGAAAUACAGAUUUCAUGGCACUGUUCUGCUGAAAAUCCUCAGUGGCUCCCCAUUUUGAUAAAGUCAAAAGUCUUAGGAUAGUAUAUUUGGUUCCUGAUAAUAUGACUCCUUUUCUAUCUCAGUCACCACUUCAACCCACCUUUCAAUCUUUUGGUUCUAAGGAGAUGUUUGCAGUGCUUUAAGCAGGCAACAGUGCUUAUUUCUUUCUUACCUAUGCGUUUCUCAUGCUUUUCUCUCUGCCUGAAAUGACCUUUUGUGUUGUUCUUAGCCAGCAUCAACAUUUUGAAGGAUUGUUUUAUAGUCUUCAAGCUUCCAGUAUUUUUUUUUAAAGAUUUUAUUUAUUUGAGAGAGCACAUGCUUGAGUGCAUGAACAAGGGUGGGGAGGGAGCAGACUCCCCACUGAGCAGGGAGCCUGAUGUGGGGCUUGGUCAUGACCUGAGCCACCCAGGUGCCCCCAUCCCCUGCCCCAGUAUUGUUGAGAAGUCCAAAACCGUUCUUAUUCCUAAUUUUUCAUUUUUUCUCUGGAAACGUAGCAUUUUCUUUGCCAGUGUACUGAAAUUUUACAAUAUGUGCCUUAGCAUGGGGCUUUUUUCCCCUGUUCUGGGCAUUCAGUGGGUCCUUUGAAUCUGGAAAGUCAAGCUCCUCAGUUGUGGGAAAUUUUCUUUAAUUGUUUUUUGUUUAAGAUUUGAGAGAGUGAGUGAGUGCAUGAGUGUGCAACUGGGGGGAGGAGCAGAAAGAGAAUCUACAAGCAGACUGCUGGCUGAGCAGAGAGCCCUAUGCAAGGCAGGAUCUCAGGACACAUGAGAUCACCUGCGCUGAAACCAAGAGUUGGGCACUCAACCAACCGAGCCAUACAGGUGACACCUCUUGAAAUGUUUAAUAACUUCCUACCCGCAAUAUUCUCUUUUCUCCAGAUCUUAAAAAAAAAAAAAAUCUAACAUUAGACUUCAUUGACCUUCUUCAUCUUUCCUUUUCCUUUUUUUUCCUUUGCUCUUUGAAAGUUUCCUUUAAUUUACUUUAUAAUCCAUCUAUUGGGAUUUUCAUUUCUGGUAUAAUUUUAAUUACUACAAGCUUAUUAGUUUUUCUUUGUAUAUUUGAAUGUGUAUUGGAAUGUAUACAUUCAAAGAAAAACUAAAAUAUAUACCUGUCCUUGUUUGUGGGAUGCAAUGUCUUACCUCUUUGAACAUGAUAGUGAUAAUUUUAAUAUGCCCACAUAGCCUAUUCCCUUCAAGUUGCUCUUUACCCUACUUUUUAAUUAUGCAUAAAUAUAUAUACGUAAUUAUAACCAGAAGAAAAUAUUAAGUGUGAAUGAAAAAAAUUACAGAACAUGUGGAAUUACAACCUAUUCCUCAAAUAUUUGAAGGAUUUCCUCCAAUGCUGGAAGUAAAACGAUGUCGUUAACAGUGGUCAGUGUAUUAAACCUAGGACAUAGUUCUGAGUGAAGUGUGCUGGCUGGAAUGAGGUGUGAAGUGACUUAACAUGGACUGGGGCGUGUGAUGCUGUUCUCCAUGACAAUUUAAUAAAGCAAACUAAGGAUUACACAAAAGUUCAAAUCUGUGCCUAUAAACGUGCAAAUUUAGCAUUAUAAUAAUAAAAAUAUAGUCAGCCAUAUUUUCAUUAGAAUUUUUACCACCAUCAGUGUUUUUACCACUUUUAGUGCCUGCUAAAGGACUAGAUCUAAUUUAAGUGCAAAGGGAAGGGAAAUACAUUAUUGAGUUCCUAUUCUUUAGCAGCAAUCUGAAAUUAUAAAAGUAAAAUACGUUCCCUCCCACAAACUAUCUCUACUGUUUUAUUCAUCUGGAUUGUAUUAUGUCUUAUUUGCUUUUGUAUCUCAGUACCCACUACGGUGUCUCAUAACCAGUACUCAGAAGAUUUGAAGGCAUACGAAGGAAGAGGGAAUCUUGUCUUUCAUUGACUCUUAUGUAAAGGGAAGGAGCGAAGUCUGGGUUGCAUUGUAGAUAUUCUGAACGUUUAAUUAUAUUUCUAUAAUUAAGUAGGAGUAGUUAUCAAUUUAUCUUGCAGGUAGUACAACAACCCAGAACAGUAACGCUGUUUUAACUCGAUCGAAAACGAACGCAAAGGAGAAAGGGAACUCUCCCACUAAGACUCAUUUCUCGCCUAAUGGUCCUCUGUGCGGGAGAGGCUGGGCUGUAAGGCCUAUCGGUGAGGUAGCAGGUCGAGGGCCGGCCAAUCAUCCGCAGAGGCUCUAGUCCCGCCCCCGGCGGUCCGCCUUUCGCGCUUGGGGGCUCAGGUGGGGCGACACGCCCCCAUCUCCGCACCAGCGGAGUCUGUGGUAGAUUGUGCGGCGGUCGCAUCCUCAGCGCGGCGCGGGGUCUGGAAACCAGCCAUGACUGCCAAAGAUUAUCCAUCAUUAUGGGGCUUUGGAACAACAAAAACAUUUAAAAUUCCUGUGGAACAUUUGGAUUUCAAGUAUAUUGAAAAAUGCUCAGAUGUUAAACACUUGGAAAAAAUUCUUUGUGUGCUCAGGUCUGGUGAGGAAGGAUAUUAUCCUGAACUUACAGAAUUUUGUGAAAAACGCCUUAAAGGCUUGGCUCCUGAAAGUAGAGCUUUGAGGAAAGAUAAACCUGCAGCAACAGCAUCCAGUUUUACAGCAGAAGAAUGGGAAAGAAUUGACGGCGACAUAAAGAGUUGGGUAUCAGAAAUUAAAAAUGAAGAAAAUAAAAUACACUGUCAUGAAACUGAAACAUUUCCGGCAAUGGACAAUAACUUGCCUCCAGUUCGUGGUUCCAACAGCCGUCUUCAUGUUAGUAAGGAAAAAUAUUCUAAUAGCAGACGACCUAAAAAGAAAAUUCCGAGGGAUUAUGCAGAAUGGGAUAAAUUUGACGUGGAAAAGGAAUGUUCAAAAAUUGAUGAGGAUUACAAAGAAAAAGCUGUAGUAAACAACAAGUCACAUUUGUCUAAAAUUGAGACAAGAAUAGACACAGCAGGUCUAACUGAGAAGGAAAAGACUUCUCUUGCUACUCGUGAAAAGGAAAAAGGAAAUGAAGCUUUUAACUCAGGAGACUAUGAAGAGGCUAUAAUGUAUUAUACUAGGAGUAUAUCAGUGCUCCCCACCGUGGCGGCCUAUAACAAUCGUGCUCAAGCAGAACUCAAGCUACAGAAUUGGAACAGUGCUUUUUGGGAUUGUGAAAAGGUCUUGGAGUUAGAACCCGGAAACUUAAAAGCUCUUCUGCGCCGUGCCACUACAUAUAAACAUCAAAACAAGCUCCAGGAAGCUAUAGAAGAUUUGAAUAAAGUCCUGAAUGUUGAACCUGGUAACGAAUUGGCUAAAAAGACCUUGUUGGAGGUUGAGAGAGAUCUGAAAAAAUCUGAACCUGCAUCUAAGACUCAAACCAAAGGGAAGAGGAUGGUUAUCCAGGAAGUAGAAAACUCAGAGGAUGAAGAUGGAAAGGACAGCAGAAAAGCACAGGAAAACGGCAGUGGAGAUAAGAUGACAGAAAUACAACAUAAAAUAUACAGCUCAAGACAAAACAUCGGUGAAAUCAGGGUAAAGACAGAAGGACAGAAGAGAAGGGAGGAAGAAAGAAAAGGAAACAGUAAGAGUACCAGGGAGACGGGAAAGGAAGAGAGGGCAUCGAAAGGAAGAAAAAGGGAGAAGUUAAAGCCGGGGGACCCUGCCGCCGCCGCGGCUCCCGUCCCCGCCGCCGCCGCGGCUCCCGUCCCCGCCGCCACGCUCGGCCCCGCGGGCUUGAAGAGUCAGGGCAACGAGCUGUUCAAAAGCGGCCAGUUCGCAGAGGCGGCCCUCCAGUACUCGGCGGCGAUCGCGCAUCUGGAGCCUGCAGGAAGUGGAAGUGCAGAUGAUCUAAGUAUCUUAUAUUCAAAUAGAGCAGCGUGUUACCUAAAAGAGGGAAACUGCAGCGGCUGCAUUCAAGAUUGUAACAGGGCUCUGGAACUCCAUCCAUUCUCAGUCAAACCUCUUCUUCGUCGAGCAAUGGCCCAUGAAACUUUAGAGCAGUAUGGGAAAGCUUAUGUGGAUUAUAAAACAGUGUUGCAGAUAGACUGCAGAAUCCAGCUGGCAAAUGACAGUAUUAACAGAAUAACAAGAAUUUUAAUGACUCUGGAUGGACCAAGGUGGCGGGAGAAGCUUUCGCCCAUUCCUGCUGUGCCCACUUCUGCGCAUCUGCGAGGUUGGCAGCCUGUGGCCGAGACGCCCCCCAGCCAGGAGGGGGAUGCCUGCGGCCGUCCCCAGCCUGGCGUCCCAGAUGAAAAAAUGUUUAAAACCCUUAAAGAAGAAGGAAAUCAAUGUGUAAAGGACAAAAACUAUAAAGAUGCCCUUAGUAAAUACAGUGAAUGCUUAAAGAUUAACAACAAGGAAUGUGCCAUUUAUACAAACAGAGCUCUCUGUUACCUGAAGCUGGGCCAGUUUGAAGAGGCAAAGCAGGACUGUGACCGGGCGCUUCAGAUGGAUAGCGGGAACGUGAAAGCGCACUAUAGACGAGCUCUUGCUCAUAAAGGACUCAAGGAUUAUCAGAAAAGUUUAAAUGAUCUCAAUAAAGUUCUCCUACUAGAUUCAAGUAUUGUUGAAGCAAAGAUGGAACUGGAAGAAGUAACCAGAUUCCUUAAUGUUAAGGACAAUAUAACAUCAUUUAACAAAGAAAAGGAGAGAAGGAAAAUUGAGAUUCAAGAGGUGAGCGAAGGCCAGGAAGAAGAGCCUGGAAGGACCUCAGAGGAGCUCUCCACUGACUGUCCUGCCUCUGGGAAGGGGGACACAACCAGUGGGCCACCAGAAUGCUAUGAGAAACUACCCAUCACCAAGCCUAACAAUGCCUAUGAGUUCGGUCAAAUUAUAAACACUAUCAGUAUGCGGAAUGAUCAAGAAGCCUGUGCUCACCUUUUAGCCAUCACUGAACCAAAAGAUUUGCCAAUGUUGUUGAGUAACAAACUUGAGGGGGAUACAUUCCUCCUUCUCAUUCAGUCUCUGAAAAAUAAUCUUAUUGGUAAAGAUCCCUCAUUGGUGUAUCAGCAUCUUUUAUAUCUGAGUAAAGCAGAAAGGUUCACAAUGAUGUUGACACUAAUUAGCAAGGGCCAAAAGGAGCAAAUUGAACAGCUCUUCGAUGACCUCUCAGACACACCAAAUAAACGUUUUACUUUAGAAGAUGUGCGGGCCCUAAAAAGGAAGUAUGAGCUUUAAGUCAAGACUACUGUUAGAUUUCUCCCAUGCACGUAUGUGUUCCAGUCAUGCUGGUGGGUUGGUACUGUAAUAGAGUGGCAUGGAUAAAACGUGGUUUAGAAAAGAUCCUUUGGUCUGGACUAUAAAAUAUUUUACUUAUUUUUAUACAUAGAACAUGUAUAUUCUACAAAAUGCUUUUUAUUAGUUGUAAAUAUUUUCUUACAUACCAAGAGCUGACAUCUUUAUAUUUAAUAAUAAGUAUAUUUGCAACUUGUUUAAAGUACAUUUUAAGUUAUAUUAUAAAUUUUCUUUUUUAAUUACUUGUAAAAAUUUGAGUUAAAUUACAUUUCUUUGGGCUACGAAGGAUUCCUCUACAGUUUGAUAGAAAUGUAUUUCUUUAAAAAUCAUUAACAGUGAUUAUUUUAUCACCUUUAUUUCCUGCUAUGAUAUAUAUAAAUCCCACUUUAUACUACCUGUGGAUUACAGUCUGCUAGGGUGAAAUGCAACACUUAAGUCUUAUAACUUGAAAUGAUUAUUAAAUAAAUUGUGAUUAUUAAUUUAAGAGCUAUAAGAGGAACUUAUUUUUUCUUACAUGGAAAUAUUAACAAAAAUUUGCAAAAAUUUCUACUACUUUUUACUAGAUUUUAAAAAGCUCCCUUUCCAUAUAUAUUGCUUAUGUAAAUAAUAACAAAACCACCACUGUAUAAAAGCAAACCAAGCCUGCAUUUUAUCACCUCCACAUUUUACCCAAUGUUUAAAUGUUCCUUUUCCUCCUCCUUUAAGCAUGACCAUAUUUAUUCCCUUAAUGGAAAGUGAAGAAAUCUUAUCAUAUUGAAAGCUCCUUUGUU